GGCUCGGCCGCCGAGAGAAAGGCGAACUGGAUAAGGCGGAGAGAAGCUGAGGAGGGACGCCACGGCACCGCGGGCACACCGGCGAAGCUACAGCUACGGCGGGUCUUUGCACAGGACGAUAGCGUCAAGAUCACAGGACACUCCUGGACACCUCCGCGGGCUGAAGAAGAGGAGGUGGAAUGAAGGGGAGGGGGCAGUUACUCUGAAACUACCGUGAGGAUUACAGAGAGCCACCGUCACAGCAGCUUUCACCCAGAAGUCUACCUGAAGACGAUGCUUUGCUGAUGUCUUGAGCUGAGGGAACCCUGACUUCUUCUCUCUCAACCUGUCACUUGUCUCCAUUUGUUAUUCCACACCUGGUCUACUCUCCAUCGGUCACCGAUCUCCAACAGCAACCACCACCACCUCCACCUAUUCCCCAUCCCCCUCUGGCCCAGCCUGCCGUCACCAUGACGUCGGAGCUGGAAAGUAGCCUGACCUCUAUGGAUUGGCUUCCUCAGCUGACCAUGCAGGCGGCCAUACGUAAGGCAGAUGCCCAGAAUGCCCAUGGGCCAGGCAUGGGAAAGAAAAGUACCUUACUGGAUCCUAACACCACAUUGGACCAGGAGGAGGUACAGCAGCACAAAGACGGCAAACCGCCCUACAGCUACGCCAGCCUCAUUACAUUUGCUAUCAACAGCUCUCCAAAGAAGAAGAUGACCCUGAGUGAGAUCUACCAGUGGAUCUGUGAUAACUUUCCCUACUACAGGGAGGCAGGCAGUGGCUGGAAGAACUCAAUACGGCACAAUCUGUCAUUGAACAAGUGUUUUCUCAAAGUGCCUCGCUCCAAAGAUGACCCAGGAAAGGGCUCUUACUGGGCCAUUGACACCAACCCAAAAGAGGACGCCUUGCCUACACGGCCGAAGAAGAGGCCACGAUCUGGAGAACGGGCUUCUACGCCGUACAGCCUGGAGUCGGAGUCUUUGGGGAUGGAGUGUAUGAUCUCUGGAAGUGCCUCUCCAACGCUGGCAAUCAACACUGUGACUAACAAGGUGGCGUUGUACAACACAGACCAGGAAGGGAGUGAUAGUCCAAGAAGCAGCCUUAACAACAGCCUGUCUGAUCAGAGUCUGGCCUCCGUCAAUCUCAACAGUGUGGGCAGUGUGCACAGCUAUACACCGGUGACCAGUCACCCAGAGCCUGUGUCCCAGUCCAUGAGCCUCCAGCAGCCCCCCCAAUCCCAGUACAACAUGCCAGAGAGGGACAAGCAGCUCCUGUUCUCUGACUUUGAAGAUCUCAGUGCCUCCUUCCGCAGCCUUUACAAGUCUGUUUUUGAGCAGUCCUUCAGCCAACAAGGUCUAAUGGGUAUACCGUCAGAGUCCUCCCAGCAGACCCACACCUCCUGCUCCUAUCAGCACUCCCCGAGUGGCACCAUCAACAAUCAGAACAGCCUGUCAAACAACCAACCCAACAGCCACCCAAACAGCCACUCAGCCAACAGUGGCCAGGUGCCGCUGUCCCAUCCUGCCCAAGCCCACCCUGGCCACGGCUCACCCCACGCACAGCACCUCCCACAGCACGGUGGGCCGCACAACCAACACAACCAACACAGCCAGCAUGCCCAGCAUAGCCAACACAGUCAGCACCAACAGCAUCCACAGCACCAACAGCACUCCCAGCACCCCCAGCAUGCUGCGCACUCUCAACACGGGCAGCACCCAUCGCAGCACCCGUCCCACAGCCAGCACCCACAGCAACACACGCCACACCCCUCCCAGCACACGCAGCAUAGCCAGCACCCUUCUCAACAUGGACAGCAGCAUCAGAGCCUCUCCCAUCAGCCCCAUCCUACCCAGCAACAGAUGGCCUGCAACACAGGUAUACUGUCUGACUGGUACCCAAAUCUGGAUGCACUGAAAGAAAGCUGUCGUAUUGCUAGCAGCUAUAACUGGGCUGAUGUCGACCUUUCACCUUUCCAAGGAUUAAGAGAGAGUAUGAGACAAGCAGAGUUGAACAACUGGUCCCUGGAACCCACCCAGAUUGCAGACCUCUGCUCAUCCAUCAACCAGUUUUUUGCCCGCACCGGCGUAAUCCAGCCACAGGGGGCAGUGCAGUCUCCUGUCUGCCAUGGUUCCAUGCACCCCAACAAACCCAGCCAGCACCUAAACACAGGUAAUCUCUACAUGGACUCCAGACAGAGUAUGACCAUGAUGGGUCCUCCAGGAUAUCCCCACAUGCCCCCCAUGAGCAGCGCGGGACCCACCAUGACAGGACACCAUGCACAGAUGAACCAGCAGCACAUGAUACCUACCAGAAACUUCCAGAUGCAUCGCAUGCCAGCUGACGACAUCCAGGAUGAUUUUGACUGGGACUCCAUUGUGUAGCCCUAGACCCCCUUCUCACAAACAAAAGGAAAGGGAGCGAGGAGAGGAGGAGGUGGAAGCCAGAGGAAGCCAGGCUGAGCUGAAAGGCCACAGGAGGAGGAGGCCACUGUGGGUGGGAUGCAGAAGAACAUUUGACAAGCUUUGGAGAAAGAGGACUACGAAAGAGUCCUGACAUUUUUACAAAAGCAAAACAUAACUAGGAAAUGUUACUUUGAAGACAAUCAUAUUUAGUCGGACAUGUUAAAGUGAUUGAUUAUGUACUUGUCUAGAGACAAGUAGAACACAUUCACGUCUAAACCACAUGCUCCUCAGCUCCUCAGCCAGCCCUCUCCCCGUCCCUAGCCAGCAGCCUUCCAAAGUCCGAACCCCCUCCCCCCGCUCCGUAACUGUUAUGUGAUUUGAGCGACGUGUUCAGCUUGUAAUUCUUCUCGUGUUGACAUUGGCCUCAGCUGCCUCUUGGAUGAGUUUAUCUCUCUUUUUUAACUUUUGUUUCAUUUUUGUUUUUAAGAAACACAGGCCGUCUCUGUGAGUAAUGUGAUGGUGCUUGUUGGUCACUUUUGGGAGAAAGUGGGCCCCACUGUGGCUGAAUUGGUGGCAAAGUUAGGUUUACAAUAGCUGAGGUUCUGAACAGGGUGUUAAAAGUAAAAUCAGGCUUGACCUUAAACAAACCAAGAGAUAGUGGGAGAGUGAGAGAUCACACAAAGUGUCAUGAUCUGUUAUCAUAGCCAACCAAUGUGAUCCAACCAGUCAUGGGAGUACAGCACGUCUUUUUUUUAUUAGUUUUUUUUUUUUUUUCGUUCUGUCUCAAGCACUUCAAGAUGAGUGAUUAUGAUGAGUGUGAGUUGAUGGUGACGUUUUGUGACCAUUUGGAUUAAUUUAUCCCAAAGUAAUCUGAUGUUUAUGUUCUCUUUGUGCAUCCAUAAUGUUUUUUCUCCACCAGUCAGAAGCUUUUGUACCUUUAACAACAAAACAAAUGAGUAGUGUCUCUUUGGUUUCAGACUAAUAACAUAUUGAUCAUUAAUGUAAUAGUUGAUCAUUUGUGUUUUCUUUCUGACAGUGAUCUGAAAAUAAGAACACCGGUUUCACGUGUGUAUUUAAGGUCCAGGAUCAUUUGAUCAGCACAGUUUAGCAUGAAGACUGGAGGCGUGGUAGAACAUGUAGCCUUGCUUUGUCCAAAUUUAACACAAAAUGUCCUGUUUAUCUUUAUUCUGCGAUGAAAAUAGAAAAGUAUUGGUGAGUAACAGCUAAACACAUUGACUUCUCAGAGUACUGCUGUCACAUGAGGCUGCCACAUCAGCGCUGGGUGGGUGGAUACUUGUCAAGACAUUGUUGCUCUAUAUAACUCCACCAAAAAACAACCUAUUCUUAUUAUCAAGUUUUCUAUUUAAUUAUACUUGCAUAGUUUGAUACACAUGUUUUUUCCUUUUGGACAGAGCAAGUCUUAUCCUUCUUUCAGUCUUUAUUGUAUGCUCUGCUAAAUGCUCUUAACUAUAUACAGUAGAACUGGUCUCAUAUAUAACAGCAAAUAUACAUGUUCUCCAAAAAGUUUAAAGCUGCAGGAGCUGAAAUCAGGGAUAUAAACACUAGAAAUUGAAAAUACACACCCUCCUCCUUCAGCGCUCUCCUUUUGGUCCAAAUCAAUAGACUACAUCUAAACAUAAGACAUCGUUCAUACUGUCUCUGGAAAACUGUAGCCAUGGAGUAGAGCAGUAGACAGGAUUGACAGAAUCUUAACAGCAGUCCAUGAUUACAGCUGUUUACCACUUAUUUAACCACAUAUUUAACCCUCCUACCCCCAUGAAAACACCUUUCACCAGAGAGGUAGAAGUAUUGUUUCCUUUUGGACUCCUUUAAUGAUCUGAGAAAAAGUAAUGAUGGAAUUUUAGCCCAAUGAUGGAAAAAACUAUCCAGCACUGCAGCUUUAAGUAUCCUUCUAAACAAGCCAUUAUGAGCCAAAAACGGUUUGCAAGAAAAUUAUUUUUAAUGAUACUCUUAAAGCAUAUUGAUGUGAUUAAACAAAUGUUUAAAAUAACAUGUAACAUUUACGAUGCUUGUGCAUUUUACAAGUAAAACAUAAAAUGCUCAUUCUAGCUUCUCAGAUAAUGUUGGAACAAACCUUUUGUAAGAGUCAACUCAUUAAUGAUCAAUAGGUUAUGCAUCAUAUUUAAUGUUGUCUAAGGCAGUUUUUUAAAUUUGUACCAUUGGUUACAUCCAAAUACUGUGUCAUUUCCCACCUAGUGUGCGUCAAAGUGAGGUUUUGAUGCCACACUUAGCCUGUGUUUAUAGCCAUUUCUGACCUUUUCAAUACUGAAAUAUGAUUUUUUUUAAUUAACUGCCUAAUGUAUUGUUGGGAUAGGAUAGCAUAAAAUUUUGCUAUAAUAACAGAUUAAGAAAUGUGACUCAUAAUACAGAACAGUGUGUAUGUAUGCUUGUGUGUGAGUGCGUGUGUGUGUUUUGGUUUUAUUGUAAUUGUAGGGCUAUGAUUGAUUGCUGCAAUCAUCUCUAUGCUAUCUAUGAGCACAAAAGCAGAUGCACACAGUGAUUCAAGACUAGAUUUGAAACAUGCGUUUAUGUGGGAAGGGUUUCUCAAGCACAGAACAGGCAGAUGUGCGGUUCUGGAAACCUGUCCUCUGUGUCCUGUAACAAGUGACUCCUCACUCAGACAGGUGCUGAACUUUAGAGACACUAUGUUAAAAAGCCCUUUGCACAUUUACACUUUUUUUGUUGAUCUUAACCAUUUUUAAGAUGCAAAGCACCUCCUGGAUACAGAGAGCUCCUCACUCAGCCAUUCAUUCAUUUCUUCAUUCACUCACAGUCGGACUCUCUGACCCCUAGUGGUCAUUAUCAGGCAUCGUCUGCUGCUGACGGUAAACAGGAUGAAUUCUGAUCUCUGCAAUAUUUCUGAGCUGUACUGGGUGCUUUGCAUCUGUGACACUGUGUGUCCAUGUUUAAGAUCAUUGAGCUUGUUGGGACUCCAGUCGUGACCGUAGUUUGAUUUCAUAUUUGGAUGACAAUCAUUGAUUCUUUUUUAUGAUAUUGCAUAAUGUCUUUGUUAUUGUGAGAAAAGGCACUUUCAAGUCUCACAUGACUGUUUAUUGGAGAUUGCAGAACCAUACUUUUAGACACAUAGAAGGUCAUUUGGAGCUAGAUGCAGCCCAGUUUUAUACUGUAGAUCUUCUGUUGAACUGUACAGUGUAACACUGUGCAGGUGAAGUCAAGUUCUCUUUUUCACCUGGUGAUACUGCCAUUUUUUAUAUUUUCAGCUAAUGAGUUUGUUUAUUUUCUCCUACUGCUUGUCUGCUACUCCUUAUUCUUGCUAUGUUCUCUUUGUAUAUGGGAUGUCUGCUGUCUGGAAGAUCGCAUUGCCUGUGGAUCUCAACCAUGAGUUGUGUUUCAACUGCCACAAUUUCAUUACUAGUGCUCAGUAUUUAGUUGAGUGACCCAAAUCAUUUGAGAUACUCCUCCAGUAAGUGAAAGCGACUCUCUUUAGGUGAGUGUGGGCCAAAGGACUGCAACUGAAGGCAGCAGCGAAAAAGAGAAUCAGUGAGUAUUCAUUAGGACUCUAUGGACCGUAAAUGGAGAACAUCCUGUGGGUCUGGGUUUGGUGUGAAGGUUAAGUGGGUUUCAGUUCUUCCAGGUGAAGAUACUAUUUAUAAAGCACCCAAGCACAUCAGCCGUCACAGGAAAACACACAACGGGGAAAGAGUUAAGCAAACGGAUGAGAUUAAAAGGGAAAAAGGUGAAGACAAUGACUGGAUCACAAUCACAUUUUUCAUUUAUGUCUGUAUGCGUGUGUGUAUUUGUGUGUUUGCUUGUGUGAGUUUAAGUUCUUUUUCAAAAGACAAUUAUGUUUUUAACUACCGCUGGACAUGUACCUGCCAGAGAGAUUACUAUCAUUUGGGGGAAAAAAUGAAAAGAUAAAAAAAGCCUUGUUACAAUAUGGGAGAGAACUGCCAACAAGUACUGCUGAUUGGGGCCUAUUUUAUUCAGUGCUGGUGUGUUGUUGUGCUUGUACAUAUAUGUCUUUUCAAUCAUCCCUUUUUUCCUCUUGGGGGUGGGGUAUCAAGGCAGGGGGUGGGUCUUAUUCAUGAAAGAGAGGAGGGAAAAGAAUAGAGUAUUUUGUUAUCGUCCAAUCAGAGGGUGACAGUAUGUAUAUAUCUAUAUUGUAUAUAUGUGAUGAAAAUGCUUUUUGUGUGACACUACCUUUUACCUGUACUAUGGUUCUACAUUCAGUGUUUCAGUGUUGAUAAUAUAUAUUUGGUUUGUGUUUUAUUUUUGUUUGUUUUUUUGAUUUUGUCUUUGUCAUUUCUUGUAUUUUUUUCCUCCUAUUUGUCCUCUUUUUGUUUAUUGCACGGUUUAUUACUUUUGUUGUCCAAUGAGGUGACACAGCUACUCUUUGUAUUCGUUUAGUGCUGUAAAAUAACUCAAGUGUUAUUAGAAUUGUCGAUACCACCGCCCACCCCACCCCCUUCCCCAAUAUGCAUGAAUGGCACUUAAAAGAAAUAAAAUAUGGUAACUUCACUGUGGA